UCUCACGUUUCAAAAUCAAUCUCCUCCAGAUCUCUCUCUCUCUCUCUCUCUCUCUCUCUCUCUCUCUCUCUCUUUCCUACACUACACUACCCACUGUCUCUCUCUCUCUCUCUCUCACUCUGCUUAGCACUCUGCAGCAGCAUUUCAGCAAGUAAACUACAAUGGCAGGUAUGGCUGUCAUCGGGGGGAUAACUGUGCCAUCAACCUCCUCAAAGAACCUCCAAAAUAGCCUCGCAUUCUCCUCUUCUUCUCUCUCCGGCGACAAAAUUCAAACGACGUCAUUUCUCAACCGCCGAUAUUGUAGAAUCUCUUCUAGAGCUCCGAUUGUUGUCUCUCCCAAAGCUGUUUCUGAUUCUAAGAAUUCGCAGACUUGUCUUGACCCUGAAGCCAGCCGUAGUGUUCUUGGUAUUAUACUUGGAGGUGGUGCUGGUACACGUCUUUACCCGUUGACUAAGAAGAGAGCCAAACCAGCCGUGCCACUCGGUGCUAAUUAUAGGCUUAUUGAUAUCCCAGUGAGCAAUUGUUUGAACAGUAAUAUUUCCAAAAUAUAUGUUCUUACACAAUUCAAUUCUGCUUCUCUGAAUCGUCAUCUUUCGCGGGCAUAUGCUAGCAACAUGGGAGGAUACAAAAAUGAGGGGUUUGUAGAAGUUCUUGCUGCUCAGCAAAGUCCAGAGAAUCCAAACUGGUUUCAGGGUACAGCUGAUGCUGUUAGGCAAUAUCUGUGGCUUUUCGAAGAGCACAAUGUUCUUGAGUACUUGAUUCUUGCUGGUGACCAUUUGUAUCGAAUGGAUUAUGAAAGAUUUGUCCAAGCUCACAGAGAAACUGAUGCAGACAUUACUGUUGCUGCAUUGCCAAUGGAUGAAAAGCGUGCUACUGCAUUUGGUUUGAUGAAAAUUGAUGAAGAAGGAAGAAUUAUUGAGUUUGCCGAGAAACCGAAAGGAGAACAAUUGAAAGCUAUGAAGGUUGAUACCACAAUCCUGGGUCUGGACGAUGAGAGAGCAAAAGAAAUGCCAUUCAUAGCCAGCAUGGGCAUAUAUGUUAUUAGCAAAGAUGUAAUGCUUAAUCUGCUUCGGGAGCAAUUUCCUGGUGCUAAUGAUUUUGGAAGUGAAGUUAUUCCAGGCGCCACUUCCAUAGGGUUGAGAGUCCAAGCUUAUUUGUAUGAUGGUUACUGGGAGGAUAUUGGUACCAUUGAAGCUUUUUACAAUGCUAACUUGGGAAUCACCAAAAAGCCGGUGCCAGAUUUUAGCUUCUAUGAUCGUUCAUCUCCAAUUUAUACACAACCUCGGUAUUUGCCUCCUUCAAAGAUGCUUGAUGCUGAUAUAACUGACAGCGUCAUCGGUGAAGGCUGUGUUAUUAAGAACUGUAAGAUUCAUCAUUCUGUUAUCGGACUUCGAUCUUGUAUCUCGGAGGGUGCAAUCAUUGAGGACACACUGUUGAUGGGAGCUGAUUAUUAUGAGACUGAUGCUGAUCGGAAAUUCCUGGCUGCUAAGGGUAGUGUACCUAUUGGAAUUGGAAAGAAUGCUCAUAUUAAAAGAGCAAUAAUUGACAAGAAUGCACGUAUUGGGGAUGAUGUCAAGAUUAUCAACAGUGACAAUGUACAAGAAGCAGCAAGAGAAACAGACGGAUACUUCAUAAAGAGCGGAAUAGUCACUAUAAUCAAGGACGCCUUGAUUCCAAGUGGAACUGUAAUCUAGAAAUGGAGCAUAUAAUAAAUAUCACUGCCUAUUUACAGUACCUAUCUGAGUCUCCCACCAUGACCCUUUGAUUCAAUCUUUUAGUUAUGUAAAUAUUUUUGGCUUUUGCCGAUUUUGCCAUAAAUUUGAAGAAGCGAGGAUUCAGGGACGAUAGUGCUAUGAAUUGGAAGAAAGGAUUUGGGGGAUAUCUUUGUAAAGACAUUUUGACUACUGGGCACUAAAAAUUUGGUAAUGCUAUACCAAAAUAUAUAAAAAGAUCUUGCUGGGUUUUGGUAAAAUAA